AUGUCCAUCAUUCGCCCCUUUGACGCGAUGGAUGUCUUACGCUUCACGAAUGUGCAGGCGGAUCCCUGGACCGCCACGUACCACAAUGGCUACUAUGCGAGCUACUUGGCGCAGUGGCCCGAUUUUUGCGUCUCCGCCAGCGGCGCGUUCGACGACAACGUGGGAGCGUACAUGAUCGCCAAGCACGAGCCCCCACCACCAGACAAGCAGCACCACGGUCACUUGACGGCCAUGUCGAUUUGUCCGCGCAUGCGGGGGACAGGCCUGGCGCGCGUCUUCAUGGCCAUUCUAGAGAGGCUGUCGUCGGACGGCUCGGAGGGAUGGCCGGGGCCAGAUAACGACCCGACGGAUUGUGUUGACGCGUGGUUCGUCGACCUCUUUGUGCGGUGCAACAAUCACCGCGCGAUCGACAUGUACGAGAAGCUCGGGUACAGCGUGUACCGGCGAGUAGUCGACUACUACCACCGUAUGGAAGGGGCCGGCGCGUCGCGCGACGAACUAGACGGCUUCGACAUGCGCAAGUCGAUGCCGCGCGACGUCGGUGGGCGGUACGUCCGCGCGAAUGGGCGCGAUACGCUCGUGACCCCAGAUCAGGUGUGGGCAUAG